AUGCUGUCUCUGGCCAUGAUUUCCAUUGACCGUAACUACGCCAUUACAAACUCCUUACGUUACCCUUACGUCUUCACACAGAAACGCUGUAACGUCAUUAUGGGAGUGGGUUGGCUUGUCGGCUUUUCUUUAGCAUUACCUCCUUUGUUUAACACAGACUUGUACGGGUACGAAAUGGUGCAGUUCCGAUGUGGAGUGCGCUGGAACAAUAACGGUCAUAAUACCGGGUAUCUGGCUGCAAUCGUUGCGAUAUGUUACUUACUCCCCAUGCUUGUCAUGAUGUGGUGUUACUGUAGUAUUUUCCGUGCAGCCUUAAAGCACACGCGGUCAACUUGCAGGGUACAUCCUUCCAAACCAAGCAUUUCCGACACAACGACUGCGGCGUCCGAGUUCUCAGGUCUACCUUCCACGUCCAGAACGUUUUCAUCUGCUCACAAACAUCGUCGGUUGGACUGCAAAGCGACUCGCACAAUCCUUGUCAUUUUGACGACAUACCUUGUGUGCUGGUUGCCAUAUGUAUCCGUCUGUAUCACCCACCUUUCUGGACAGUGCGUUUCGGACCCGUUCGAAACGAUCUCGGUUCUUCUGGUAUACUCCUCAACGUCCGUCAAUCCGGUCGUGUACGGUUUUAUGAAUCGUGCAAUUCGUGAAGAACUUACAAAGUACGCGUACCAGAUUAUGCGAAGACACAGCGUCGAGGACAUCCGAGAGAGUGAAGAAAGCCGCUCCCAGACGCUGACAACUUCAAUUUCCUGUCGUAAGGGUCGCCAUUGUCAAGACAUCUGGACAAUCAAUAACUUCCACAGUCGUUCUGUCGACCUUAAAGGUCCGCACUCCAGCUUUAUCAUGGAAAGGAUUUUGGAGGAAACGGAGAAUGAAGACAGUGCCAGAAAUCACUCGAAAAAGAAGAAGGCCAGCAGCCUAAAGCAGAACGAUCACAACACGUGUUCAUGUUAUUCCAAACGAUUACAAGUGGCUCCUUCUGGUGUGAAUUCAGAUGAGAUUACAGCAGCAAACUGA